AAAUAUGUACAUAUAUAUUUGAAAAUGCAAUUUAGUGAAAUUUCUGCAAAUGAUGAAAGAAUUUGUCGCCUAUGCGGCGAAGAACAACACCAUGUCAUAGAACUCACUGGAAAAAAUAGUGAGGAUAUUAACUCUUUAGUUAAACGCACUCUUGGCUUUUUGAAUAUAAAGUAUAAAGAAAAUGAUUCCUUCCCAAAUUGUUUAUGCGUCGCUUGUCACUUGGAUGCUGAAUCCACGGAUAAAUUUCUUCAAAUGGUUAAGGAAGGACAACGGAAACUGACCCAAAAGUUAAGAGAAGACCAUGUGGCAGGCAAAAAUGGAGAUGUUUCCAAAUUGAAAGAUAAGAAUUUAUGUAUGGUGAGCAAAGAAAUAAACCAUGAAACAAUUGAGGGAGAAAAUUUGAAUGACGGAGUUUGCACUACAAGAGAAAGAUUAGUAAACCCCACCUCUAUUAGUAAAUACGCUAAACGUGUAAGAAAAAAGAAAAAAUGUUUUCCUUGUGACCCUUCUCCUUACAUUGAAGUUGGACAAAUCGAUCUCGGUUUAGAAACAAAUUCAGACAAUUCGUCAGAGAUAAAUACUGGAACACUCAUCACUAUACAACCAAUUGCUGAAUUAAGAUCUGCAAACGGGUCGUCUUUAGCAGAAAUAAUUUCAGUUGAUUCAGAUGCACCCAUGCAUCAGUCAACCCCCACUAAGCCAGAAAUACGUAUGAUAUGUGAAUACUGUAAAGAAGUCUUCACAAAACAACAUAUAUUUUUAAAACAUUUACGGACCCAUAAUGAAUCUCUAUAUAAAUGUUUGGAAUGUACAUCAAAGUUCGACAAACUAACUAACUUAAAGAAACAUCACCAGCUUACUGGCCAUAAAGGAACAACGCUUCUGACCAAAACUGAAAGCAAUGAAAAACAGGUACCGGACAAAAAAUCAGAGACCACCAUUAAUAUAGUAGUAGAUGAUGAAGGUCACAUCACUUCUAUUGAUUCCGAUUUAAAUGCAACUCCCAAGGAAAAUGGUGAAACUGCUAAUUCACCGUUAUAUAUAGCCGAAAAUAUAGAGCAGGUACGAUCAGUUUCGUCGCCAAAAACAAGCCCGUUUAAAUGUUUGAAGUGCAACAAAUCAUAUAAAACUCACUAUUCGGUGUUACGUCAUCACAAACAAGUCCACGUGGAUACCCGACCGUACAAGUGUCAACAGUGUACUGCCAGCUUUAAGAACACUACCAAUUUGACUUACCAUAUGGCUAAACACACCGGCAUACGAAACUUUAAAUGCAAUAUAUGCGCCAAGGCAUUUGUACAUAAAAGCGAGCUUACUUUGCACAUGCGCACGCACACCGGUGACAAACCUUAUAUCUGCAAGCACUGUUCCAAAGGCUUUUCACAUCGUUCCAAUAUGGUCACACACAUGCGAUUGCAUUCUGGUCAAUUACCGUUUAAAUGUGAAACAUGCAGCGCAAAUUUCAACAGCAGUUCCCAUUGGAAACUACACAAACAAAUGCAUCUAAAACAUGCACAGCGUGCAGUUCUCGCACGUCUGCAGGACAAUAACGCGAAGAAACAUGAACCUACUAUUGAUGCAUCUUCAACACCAACUUACGACUCCGACCAAAAAUCAAAUGCCACCACGUCCUUGCUUCGUCCAAAAGUAACAAACGUACAGUCUGUUGAGGUAUUGCCACCUAUCAAAACAUUGCCCGGCCCUAAUACCGUUAUUAGUAAAGAUAAAUUGAAAAAGCUCAUCCUUACAAAUAUACCCAUGAACAGCAGCGCAGCCCCUGGGGCGACCCAACUUAGAUUUAAAUGCGAUCAGUGUUUGCAACGUUUCAAAUUGAAGUCUGCUUUGACGAAGCAUUUGCGCACACACACGGAAGAAAAGCCUUAUAAGUGUCCAUUUUGUCCGCGAACAUUCGCGGAUGCCUCAAAUUUUAAACGUCACAAGACGCUACAUAAAACAGCCACGAAAGAGUUACAAAAUGUCACCAAAAAAUAUAAGAGUUCUGAUUUGUUGCAUGAAUUUCAGCGUGAUAGAAGAAAAGCACUUCCUGUGGGAAGUAUCUCGCCAACCCAUAGUGUAGCAUCAGAUCCCGAUCCAGACGGUUUGGAAGCACUUCAACUAACAAGCGUACCUUCGCCAAAAAGUGUUUCCGAUGCCAGUGACACUGUCUUUGAUAUGCUGCACAGCAUUGCUGGCGAAACAAAGCGGGAGAUAUCGAGUUGUAACGACAUUACCCAUACUACAAGCGGGCUGAACACCUCGCAUAGGCCUGCGAUUCCCAAAUCACCACAAAGACUAAUUUGUAUUUCUUAUCCAAAUCCUGCCAACCCUAGUGAUAACAAAAUGACAACAUUUUAUGUAUAAAUAAAAAGUUUUACAGUUUAUACAGGUUACAUUGAAAGCAAGAAUUAAUGAAGAAUUCAUGAUCUACGACGUAAUUUUCCAGCUGAAACAGCAAUAUUAGCAAAUGAGCGUGACACCUUACGACAGGUCGAUCUCUGUGAUCCUUGCCUAAUGGGUAAAGCGGACAAAAUGGGUGAGACACCUGAAGUAAUGUAAUCUCUCCGCCGGAAUACUUUCAAAGGGCGUGUAAUUCGACGCUUACGCAAAAUGCCAAAAUAUUGCGUACCACUUGCUUUCACCGUCGACGAUGUUCAGAGUGCCAACAACAAAUCAAUGUAUCGAAAUCUGUCGUUAAAACAGUUAUGCUCGGCUGGAGUAAGCAAUUUCACCAAUGUCCUCUAUUUGCCACGAAUUACCUUACUCAUACGCGAAGUAUUGAAAAUCGGAAGGGUGGUCCCACUACAGAAACGUGGGACUGAGUCUUAUCACACUCUUGGCCGGCAGCACUCGGGCAAAGAUAAAGAGAUGCUGUUAGCAACAUACAAAGCUAUCGGCCGGUCGGUCGCCUGCUACAAGACGUAGUCGGAGAAGAUAAAGAUUUACCAGAAUGCCAUCUGAUUAUAACAGGAUGUCGACGAACUUGAACAAUCUACCGACCACAUUUUGCACGCGACUAAUUUCCAGUGGGUACUGAAUGCUAUCUACCUGUAGCAGAGCAAGAGCUUGAGUUGCCGCGGGAAUUCAGAGAGAUCCUUGCGUAACUUCUGUCUGGAUACUGUGGCAACUUGAAUGCCUAAUUAUCCAGGUUAGACCCUGAUAUGUGUAUAAUACAAAAUCUCUAUUCUGAGUGCAAUGAGACCGGUGUGAUACUAAUUACCUCUUCACAAAGAAACUAAUUUAGCACCCCCUUCGUUUCCUGGGCAUACCGUUAAGUGACUUCGGCGACAGUUAACAUAUUACUUUCCCCCGAGCGGGAUCUUAAUAAUCGAUAUAACAACAAUAAAUUUUUUUAUGAUAACAAUUAUAAU